GGCUGCAGUCAGCCAGCAUGAUCCGUGGCGUCCCGGCACCAAUGGCGGAGCCGCCGCCGGUCAUCUUCUGCCACGACUCCCCGAAGCGCGUCUUGGUAUCGGUCAUCAGGACCACGCCGGCGACGCCUCCAUGCAGCAACAGCGCCGGGGAGCCCGAGCCGCCACCGCCGCUCGUCCCCACCAGCCCCGGCUUCAGCGACUUCAUGGUGUACCCGUGGCGCUGGGGCGAGAACGCGCAUAACGUGACGCUCAGCCCGGGGGCGGCGGGCGGCGGCGUCUCGGCGGGACUGCCCGCGGCGGCCGAGCUCCCGACGCUGCGGGGUGCAGCGCCGUCCUCCGCCUCGGUGGCCGCCGCCUCGGGCGGGGAGGACGAGGAGGAGGCGAGCAGCCCAGACAGCGGCCACCUCAAGGAUGGAAUCCGACGUGGUAGGCCCAGAGCAGACACUGUCCGGGAUUUAAUAAAUGAGGGCGAGCAUUCGUCUAGCAGGAUCCGCUGUAACAUCUGUAACAGGGUGUUUCCGAGGGAGAAAUCACUCCAGGCUCACAAAAGGACUCACACAGGUGAGAGGCCGUAUCUGUGCGACUAUCCGGACUGUGGCAAAGCUUUUGUUCAAAGUGGACAGCUCAAAACACACCAGCGUCUUCAUACCGGAGAGAAGCCUUUUGUCUGUUCAGAAAAUGGCUGCCUGAGCAGAUUCACCCAUGCAAACCGUCACUGUCCAAAGCACCCUUAUGCCAGGCUGAAGAGAGAAGAGCCAACAGACACACUCAGCAAACAUCAGUCUGCGGACAACAAGGCUGCUGCCGAGUGGCUGGCAAGGUACUGGGAGAUGAGAGAGCAGCGCACCCCUACCCUGAAAGGCAAGCUAGUUCAAAAGGCUGAUCAAGAGCAGCAAGACCCUCUGGAGUAUCUCCAGUCUGACGAGGAAGACGAUGAAAAGAGUGGCGCCCAGCGCCGGCUGCAGGAACAACGAGAGAGGCUGCAUGGAGCCCUGGCACUUAUUGAGCUGGCCAAUCUGACAGGGGCGCCACUCCGCCAGUAGCCCCCACACUUGACUCUUCACUGUACAAAAGUACUGCCCAGCAUACUUACAAAGUAGAUCCUUGGGCAUAAGCUAAGCACCUUAUUUGCUUAUCAUAGGCUGCUAUUCUGUAGAAACUUAUGAAGAAUGUUGUUGCCUCAGACGAGGUGAGAGAGAAUUGCACUUUUUUUUUUAUAUAUGGAAAAUGGAUUUGAUGUAAAGUUUAAAAUAUUUUGUAAAUAUGGACUGCAGUUACAGGGUAGAAGCUGCAUGUGUGGGAAGCUAGGUUUUGCAAGUUUGAUGCAUUCAUCGGAAGCAGUUCUUACAGGAAGCACUUUGUGAAUAAGACAUUUGUAUGAAAAAAAAACAGAUUGGUACAAAUAGCCAAAGAAGGUUGAAAUAGAUUAUUUAUAAGAUCAUUUUUAACAGUGUAUGUUAGAAUGUGUGACAGUACUGUAAACACUGAAGCAAGGCAGUGUGAGACAUAUGUAUAAGAUACAUAUUUUUAAAUUGCAAAAUAGCAUGCCCAAUAAGGCUAGAGAAAUGAGAGGCCAACUAUUUGGAAAGAUGCUAUAAGUUAUGGACAUGGAAGAAAAUAGGUAUGUGAGGAUCUUGGUAAGAUGGGUAGGAGUUGAGUUUUUCAAUUGAUGUAAAAUGAGCCUUAUCCCAUCUUUCUGAGCUUUUGAGCUCACUGUAUUGCUGAUGCUUAAAAAGCACUCGUCCCUCAGCUUGUUGACUGGGGACUUUUGCACAUUGCUCAGCUGCUGGACCUGAGUGAUUCAUCUUGCAA